UAUUUGGGGCAGGGGCUGAGAGAGGACUCAAGGAUUUUGUCCCCAGUCCUGAAAGGAGAUUUGCUUGCUCUUCCGCUCUGCUUGUUCCCUGCCUCUGGAGUGUGAAGGCUGUGCUAAUGAGGCAUGAAGGGAAUUUUGACAGGAGAAAGGGUCAUGAAUGCAAUAGGCACCUCUCUGUAUGACAUCCCAGUGUUUUCCUUCAGUUGGGACCAGGUUUAGGGGCACCAUGGAGCAUCUCACAUUGUGAAGAGGGAUGCCGUUUGGCUGCAUUGGACUGCGGGAUGAAAAGAACUACAACACCCUGUCUGACAUCACUGACAAGUAUGAGAUUGGGCAGCUGCUACGGGCGAAGGAGUUCUGUGAGAUCUGUGUGGCCCGUGAACGACAGACAGACAGACUGUAUAUCUGUAAGAAGUUUCUCAAGAAAGAUGGGCGUAAGGUGCGAAGGGCAGCCAAGAACGAAAUCCUUAUCCUGAAGAUGGUGAAUCACCCCAACAUCUUGCAACUGAUUGACACAUUUGAGACAAGGAAGGAAUUCUACAUCAUCCAGGAACUGGCCACGGGUGGGGAUGUUUUCGACUGGAUCCUAGACCAGGGCUACUACACAGAAAAGGACGCCAGCAAUGUUGUUCGGCAGGUACUGGAGGCAUUAGCCUAUUUACAUAACCUGCACAUCGUCCAUCGCAACCUCAAGCUGGAAAAUCUUAUGUACUACAAUCAAAAUAAUCGCUCCAAGGUGGUGCUGCGGGAUUUUUAUCUCUCACGUUUUGAGAACGGUGCCAUCACAGAGCCGUGUGGAACCCCUGAAUAUUUGGCUCCUGAGGUGGUUGCUCGGCAACGCUAUGGACGUCCUAUUGACUGCUGGGCUGUUGGGGUUAUCAUGUUUAUUCUGCUUUCUGGGAAUCCCCCAUUCUACGAUGACACAGAUGAUGAGAACAGUGACAGUCACAACCGCCGGAUAUUCCGCAAAAUUCUGGCUGGGGACUAUGACUUUGACUCCCCAUACUGGGAUGACAUCUCUCUUGCUGCCAAAAAGCUGGUGUCACGGCUUAUGGAAGUUGACCAGGACCAGCGAAUCACAGCUCAGGAGGCACUGGGUCACAUCUGGAUAUCUGGAAACAUUGCCUCUGAAAAGAACCUCAAGGAAGGGGUCUGUGCCCAGAUUGAAAAGAACUUUGCUAAGGCCAAAUGGAGGAAAGCCAUUCGUGUUACUACUUUCAUGCAACGUCUCCGGGCUCCAGAAGCCAGUGGCCGUCUCCCCGUCACUCCCCGUUCCUCCAUGAGCGUUGCUCAUGAGGUCACCGUUGAGGCGCCUAGGCUGGCUGAAUGUUUAGAGACUCCAUGUCUGCUGGAGGAGCCACACAGCAAAACAGAGGGAGACACUGAGAGGAAGGAAUAAUAGAUUCCCCAACCCCAUAUCCUGAUGCCUUCUCUGCUGAAUCCACAUACUCGUCUCUCCUCUGCCCUUGGAAGGGGAGGGCUCUGUGGGACAGUAGUUACGGGGCAAGGAACUUGGGAGACCCUUAGCAGUGUUAUUCCCUCCCCCAUCCCCUGCCAUUGGUCAAGAGCAGGAGCUGUUUGGUUGGAUGGACAGGCAACAGGAAGGAAAGAUAGAUGAACCGCACAGAAGUGUGUAUAGUAUCUGGGAAGACUGAGGAUCAGAAAUAUGGUGGGAUAGGUGGUUGUCAGCUAAUCUCCCCACCUCUCAAAAAUGCUUCUGACUUCUAAGCGGGAGCGUGGGACUUCUUUCUUAAGCCUUUCCCAGUGGUUGAUGCAAGCUGUGUCCCUUGCCAUAUCGUAUCCGCCACCCCAACACAGACAAACACUUAAUGCCUUGCUGAACAAGUUUCUCGCAGGCCCACUGAUCAAUGUCCCACAGCAUCUGCAUCUUUGCCUGUGUGACUUCAUAGAGGCUUCCGCGAACAGGAGGGAUUUAGCCAACAAUUCCCUCCUGCCACAAACAAGCUGGAAGCAUGCUUGAGCCAAGGAGGGGAAAGCUCCUCCUAUUUGCGGAUGCCUUUGGGAAGCCAAGCAUUCAUAAAGCGGAGCUAUCAUGUACAUCAGGGGAGAAUGGAACAGGAAACCCUUCCAAGGUAGUGAAGCAAGGGCUGGAGAAGAGUCCAUUCCCAUAGAGGAAAGAACCAUUUUCCAGACCAACCCUGUUCUACCACUUUGCUCAAUUCUACAUUUCACUUUUAGCAGGGACAGUAGCAGUUUGGAAAAUGGAUCACAGAUUCUUGCCCUGCAGGUUUGCAUCCCAAGCCUCAACUGGAUUGUGGAAAGAGGGAUGGGGUAAGAAGGGUGCAUGUCUAAGCCAGCUGCAUGUUUUAUGAAGAUGCUAUUUUAAUACAGAAACCUCCCAGCUGCUCCUCCCCUGAUGCUGUCUUUUCCCUCUCCUGGGGCAGCU